AUGGCCCUAUUAUUCUACACGCCCACACCAACACCCUCGCUGCCAUUAUUAUUUCUGCCUGCCCCCCUCCCUCCUCUCUCACUCUCUUUAUCUAUUUCCAUCCGCAUUUGCAUCGCUCGCCUUUCGCAUUGCAGCCUCUCAAAACAGCCAAACCGAACCCCAAAAGCUCGCCGAGAAACGCAGAAAGGAGCGAAGCAAACCAAGCAGCAGCAGCAGCGGAAGAAGAAGAAGAAGCGAGGAGCUGAGCCAGCUAGCAAUGGCGGCGGACCUGGGCUUCGAGGCGACCGAGCUCCGGCUCGGCCUGCCCGGCGGCGGCGAGGGGGAGGCGAGGAGCUCCUCCGGCAAGAGGGGCUUCGCCGAGACCAUCGACCUGAAGCUCAAGCUGGAGCCGGCCGGCGAGGAGGCGCCGGCCGAGGAGGAUCGGGCCGACGUGGCCGUGGUCGCCGCCGCGGCGGCAGAGAACCAGGAGGAGACGGCGACCGACGCCGGCGGAGGGAAGAUGAAGAGGUCGCCGAGCCAGAGCAGCGUCGUCACCACCGCCGCGCUGCCCGACCCCGCCGAGAAGCCGCGCGCUCCCAAGGCGCAGGUGGUGGGGUGGCCUCCGGUCCGGUCGUUCCGGAAGAACAUCCUGGCGGAGAAGUCCUGCGCAAGGUGGACCUCAACAUGUACAAGACCUACCAGGACCUCUCCAAGGCCCUCGAGAAGAUGUUCAGCUCCUUCACCAUCGGAAACUGUGGAACUCCAGGGAUGAACGGCAUGAACGAGAGCAAGCUGAUGGAUCUUCUCAACGGAUCCGAGUAUGUUCCGACGUACGAGGACAAGGACGGCGACUGGAUGCUCGUCGGCGACGUCCCAUGGGAGAUGUUCGUCGAGUCAUGCAAGCGCCUUCGGAUAAUGAAGGGAUCAGAAGCUAUUGGCCUUGCACCAAGGGCGAUGGAGAAAUGCAAGAACAGGAGCUGA